CAUCACUCUCUCAGGGGAUCAAUGGGAGGAGCAAUUGAAUGGGAAACUGAUUGUACACUUCCUCCAACUGAAGGCUUGCCUAGAGGCUAUUCCGUCUCUCCUCGACUACAUCAAAUGCGGAAAAUCCAACAUUUUCCAGACUGCUGUGUCUCUGUUAGAAGACGGGAAAGCGGAGCAACUUUUGACAUCUCUUAGGACCAUCAUCAGACCAGACAUACAUGUGAGCACGGCUACUGGAUCCGGAUCGGCUAUCGUGGAUCUGUCCCACAAAAUAGCCGCUGUCAUUGCCAGCGAGAGUGAAUUUCUGGGCGUGUUGCGCUGCAAGUACGACAGUGUAUGGAGUGAUGCGAUGGGUCUUAGGAGCCAAUACGAAACGGACUACAAUCUCAAACUGCGUCUCAAAGUCUCACCUUCCUCCCAGUUCUUUUUGCUGGUUUACAAUAAACCACUGCCUGCUAAACUACCUGCAAUUUUCAUCAAUGUAACUAGAGACAACAAAAAUGUGAAGUGCAGUACCAAAGCCCUGGGAAAAUUGGGUCCAGCUGUGAGAGAUCUGCAGUUGAAGAUAUUUAAGGAAUCAGCUGGCAAAAUAACCGAGUUCUUGGCUAAGCAGGUGGAAAAUUUUGGAUUUCUUCACCGGCUAGCUGUUCUCAUAUCCCUUAUAGAUAUGCUAGCUUGUCUCGCUCAGUCAGCCCUUCAAAAUGACUGGACAAAACCUACUUUUCAUGAAUAUUUGAAGUUGAACCAAUGUUAUCAUCCAUUGCUUGAGGCCACAAAUAAGGAGAAACCAAUCCCAAAUGACGUAUACCUUUGGGACUGCCAGAACUUUGCUCUCAUUUCUGGUCCAAAUAUGGCAGGUAAGACUGUGUACCUUAAGCAAAUUGCCCUCGUGCAGGUUCUGGCUCAGAUGGGCUCUUUCAUUCCAGCCCAAUCUGGGUCCGUCGUAAAGAUGAUGGACCACCUAUUCUUCCUGUCCGCCCCUGGAUCGAGUUCCUCCACGCAGGCUGAUGACUGCUCGCAAUUGGAGAACUCACUUCAACAUGCUUUCUACAUGCUCAAAGCAAAAUCAGACUCUAGUCUGGUGCUGGUGGAUGAAUUUGGGCAGAUCACGAGUGAGGAAGACGGAGUGGCUCUCGCUCUUACCCUCUCAACUCUCCUCUGUCAGUCACCGUGCUUCAGUGUGCUUACUUCCCAUUACCUGCAGCUCGCACAGGUAGAACACAUGUUCCUAAAUGCCACCUGCUUCCAUUUCGAAGUACUACUUCACAGUAGGAACAACCAAAACGAAACUGACUUUGGAAAUAACCUGGAUGCCUACAAUGGACAGAUGCGAGAAGAGUACACAUACUUGCUGAAGAAGGGGUUUACUAAGGACAUUUUAUAUGGGAUAAGGAUAGCAGAGGCUGCAAAUUUUCCCAAAUCAAUCACCGAAAUGGCGAGGCAGUUUGCCGAAGCAGCAUUCACCGCGGGAGAUGGACGGGACCAAAUUGACAAAGAUGAAAAUGAGGAGAGCUUGAUGCAUAUUGAACUCAACCGAAAAGAGUUUCUAUUCCAAGGCAAACUCGAGUUUUUCUCUAAUUAUUUCAAUGGGCCAUCUGCUGAAUUCAGUGUCAAACGGAAAGCUCUUUUAGAAGCAAAAAGAGCAGGAAGUUUGGAUUGGGCUCUAUAUCAUCUUCCAAAUUUUGCAGAUUUCAGUAGUUUUGACAUACAUGAGGCUAAACAGGAGCCCAAAAAUGAUCUAACUUGGAUGAGCGAAGCAGAAGUGUGUGGAUUGUCGACGCAAGCCCGUCUUAGUAGCAAUGUGACCAACAUUUGUCCCAUGAUUGUAAAUGAAAGAGGAAGUGAAUUUGAUAGUGAUGACAGACUUAGAGAUUCUGUCGAAGACACGGGUCGGUGUCUUUCAAGUUUUUCUGGUACGAACAUGAAGUUCGCCGUUGAUUAUCAAGAACAAAAGUCAGAAGAACCAAAAAACGAGGUCAGGUCCUUUGAGAAUUCUAGUUUGUCAGCUGAGGGCGAAAUAGAGAACGAACGUGAUGAUUUUGACGAGAGUCUUUUCGACGAAAUUGAUUUUGAUAAUGACUCUUUUGAGGGCGAACCGGAAGUUGGGGACGAUUCUGCAGAUCAAAGUGUCAGUGAAAGGGUUAAUGGCCCCCUUCUUGAUUUCGAAUCAAUUUUGCAACACUGCGAAGAGUUAGACCCAUUUCAAAACGAAGAUUGUUUCUGAACUUAUGAACACUCAUGUUUGUUAACCAACGUUUAAUUUUCGCUGAAGUUAUAUUUCAGUUUAAUUUGUGUUCGCAACACUUAUCGUUCGU